GCCCCGCGCCGUGCGGCGGAGGGGCAGGUGCGGCGGGCACGGGGAUGGGCGCAGCGGCCGCCGGCCGGCCCUGAGCCGCUCCUCCGGCACGGAGCCGCUCCUCCGGCCCCGCCGGGGAAACCCGGCCCGGCCAGCCCUGCCCCGCCCCGCCGCGGCCGGGCCGCCCGGCGGGCGGAAGAUGCUGCGCACCGGGGACCGGUAGUACUAUGAUUUGGUAUGUGGCCGCUUUGGUAGCAAGUGUGCUCGGUGCCCGCGGGCUGCCCGUCCAAGGUGCCCUCGGCUCAAGGGAGGAGCCCGAGUUUGUGACCGCUCGCGCUGGCGAGAGCGUGAUCCUGGGAUGCGACGUGAUCCACCCGCUCACGGGGCAGCCCCCUCCCUAUGUCGUGGAGUGGUUUAAGUUUGGCGUCCCCAUCCCCAUCUUCAUCAAAUUUGGGUUUUACCCUCCCCAUGUCGACCCAGAGUAUGCCGGCCGAGCCAGCCUGCACGACAAAGCCUCGCUGCGCAUUGAGCAGGUCCGCUCCGAGGACCAGGGCUGGUACGAGUGCAAAGUGCUCAUGCUGGACCAGCAGUACGACACCUUCCACAACGGCAGCUGGGUCCACCUCACGGUCAACGCUCCCCCCACCUUCACGGAGACACCGCCGCAGUACGUAGAGGCGAAGGAAGGCAGCAGCGUCACCUUGACCUGCAUGGCGUUCGGGAACCCCAAGCCCAUCGUCACCUGGCUGAAAGAGGGAGACCUUUUGGGUGCCAACAGCAAGUACCAGGUGAGCGACGGGAGCCUUACGGUGUUCUCCAUCAACCGGGAGGACAGGGGUGCCUACACCUGCCGGGCGUACAGCAUCCAGGGGGAAGCUGUGCACACCACACGCCUGCUCGUUCAAGGACCUCCUUUCAUCGUUUCCCCUCCGGAGAACAUCACGGUCAACAUCUCCCAAGAUGCGCUCUUUACCUGCCAGGCCGAGGCGUACCCCGGCAACCUCACCUACUUGUGGUACUGGGAGGAGGAGAACGUCUACUUUAAGAACGACCUGAAGUUGAGGGUGCGGAUCCUGAUUGAUGGGACGCUGAUCAUUUUCCGUGUCAAGCCAGAGGAUGCUGGAAAAUACACCUGCAUCCCCAGCAACAGCCUGGGCCGCUCGCCAUCAGCCUCUGCCUACCUGACGGUGCAGUAUCCUGCCCGCGUGGUGAACAUGCCCCCCGUCAUCUACGUUCCCAUCGGGAUACAUGGAUACAUCCGCUGCCCGGUCGAGGCAGAGCCCCCGGUCACGCUGGUCAAGUGGAACAAAGACGGACGUCCCCUGCGAAUCGAGAAGUAUUCUGGCUGGAACCUGCUGGAAGACGGGUCGAUCCGGAUAGAGGAGGCAACCGAAGAUGCUCUCGGCACUUACACCUGUGUGCCUUAUAACGCCCUGGGUACAAUGGGCCAGUCUCCCCCUGCCCGACUGGUACUGAAGGACCCCCCCUAUUUCACGGUGCUACCAGGCUGGGAGUACAGACAGGAGGCAGGGAGGGAGCUGUUGAUUCCUUGCGCUGCUGCCGGAGACCCCUUUCCCAUCAUCGCCUGGAGAAAGGUCCUCUCGAAAAUGGGGGAACCGGCUGCCUUGCCACGACCGGAGAGACCAGAUCCCUUGCCGGUGGCCGGCGGUGUCCCCUGGGCCACGCAGGUAGGGAAGCCCAGCAGGAGCAAGCACAACACGCUGCCAGGCGGCACCCUGCAGAUCCGCUCCCUCGGCAAGGACGACCACGGCGAGUGGGAGUGCGUUGCCACCAACGUUGUCGCAAGCAUUACUGCCAGCACCCACCUUACAGUCGUAGGCACAAGCCCUCAUGCCCCGACCAGCGUGCACGUCGUGGCCGCCAUGACCUCAGCCAACGUCUCCUGGGAACCCGGCUACGACGGUGGAUACGAGCAGACUUUCUCAGUUUGGUACGGCCCUCUGAUGAAGAGAGCCCAGUUUGGUCCCCAUGACUGGCUGUCUCUCCCUGUGCCAGCUGGCUCCAGUUGGCUACUGGUGGAUACCUUGGAACCAGAGACUGCGUACCAGUUCAGUGUCUUGGCUCAAAACAAGCUGGGCACCAGCUCCUUCAGUGAGGUGGUCACUGUGAACACUCUAGCAUUCCCUGUAACAACUCCAGAGCCUCUGGUGUUGGUUACCCCACCGAGGUGCCUAACAGCCAACCGAACACAGCAAGGCGUCCUCUUGUCAUGGCUUCCUCCCGCUAACCACAGCUUCCCCAUUGACCGCUACAUCAUGGAAUUCCGCGUCGCGGAGAGAUGGGAGAUCUUAGACGAUGGCAUCCCGGGGACAGAGACCGAGUUUUUUGCCAAGGACUUGUCCCAGGACACCUGGUACGAGUUCCGGGUCCUGGCGGUCAUGCAGGAUCUCAUCAGCGAACCCAGCAACGUUGCUGGCGUGUCCAGUACAGACGUUUUCCCUCAGCCUGACCUGACGGACGAAGGUCUAGCCCGCCCGGUGCUGGCUGGCAUCGUUGCCACCAUCUGCUUCCUGGCUGCUGCCAUCCUCUUCAGCACACUCGCCGCCUGCUUCGUCAACAAGCAACGCAAACGCAAGCUCAAGCGCAAGAAAGACCCUCCUCUCUCGAUAACCCACUGCAGGAAGAGUUUGGAGUCCCCGUUGUCUUCCGGCAAGGUGAGUCCUGAGAGCAUCCGCACACUCCGUCCUCCCUCGGAGUCCUCUGAUGACCAGGGCCCACAGGCCAAGCGAAUGCUGAGCCCCACGAAGGAGAAAGAACUUUCCCUUUACAAGAAGACCAAGCGAGCCAUCAGCAGCAAGAAGUACAGCGUCUCCAAGGCGGAGGCCGAAGCUGAGGCCACCACCCCCAUCGAGCUCAUCAGCCGCGGGCCGGAUGGCCGCUUCGUCAUGGACCCGGCGGAGAUGGAGCCCUCCCUGAAGACACGGCGCAUCGAGGGCUUCCCCUUCGUGGAGGAGACAGACAUGUACCCCGAGUUCAGGCAGUCGGACGAGGAGAACGACGACCCCGUCGUCCCCACUUCCGUAACGGCCCUGAAAGCGCAGCUCACCCCUCUCUCCUCCAGCCAGGAGUCCUACCUUCAGCCACCAGCAUACAGCCCCCGGUUCCACCGGGCGUUGGAGGGUCCCGGCGCCCUGCAGGCCACCGGCCAGGCUCGCCCGCCAGCUCCCCGGGCUUUCCACCACCAGUUUUACGGUUACCUCAGCAGCAGCAGCCCCGGGGAGGUGGACCCACCACCCUUCUACAUGCCAGAAGUCAGCCCGCUGAGCUCGGUCAUGUCCUCCCCACCGCUGCCCCCCGAGGGGCCCUUCGGACACCCCACCAUCCCCGAGGAGAACGGGGAGAACGCUUCCAACAGCACGCUGCCCCUGGCCCAGACCCCUACGGGGGGCCGGUCCCCCGAGCCGUGGGGCAGGGCCGAGUUCCCCUUCGGCAGCCUGGAGCCGACCCCAGCGCCGUUUCCCCACCAGCUCCAGCCCUGCGAGGCGGCUGAGGGCACCCAGCCCACCGGCUGCCUUCCUCGGGGACCACCUCCUUCCUCCCUCCAGGUGGUCCCCGCAUCCUACCCAGGCAUGUUGCCCCUGGAGGCACCAAAGAGCUGGACGGGCAAGUCACCUGGCAGGGGCCAAUCCUCUGUGCCCACCACCACCAAGUGGGCGGACAAACCUAUGCAACCCAUGGGAUGUCAAGGGCAGCUAAGACAUACCAGCCAAGGUAUGGGCAUACCCGUGUUGCCUUACCACGAACCGUCCGAGCCCGUCGGCCCCAGCGGCACAAGCACAUUCAGCCUGGACACCAGGUGGUACGAGCCCCAACCUCGACCUCGGCCCAGCCCUCGGCAGGUCAGGAGGGCUGAGCCCAGUUUACAUCAGGUGGUGCUACAACCUUCAAGGCUUUCUCCUCUGACCCAAAGCCCCCUCAGCUCCCGUAACAGCUCUCCGGAGCUGACCGCCCGUGCCCGGCCCCGGCCGGGCCUCAUCCAGCAAACGGAGGUGUCGGAGAUCACCCUGCAGCCUCCCGCAGCGGUCAGCUUCUCCCGCAAGUCCACGCCGUCAACGGGAUCCCCCGCGCCGAGCAGCCGGGGAGGCAGCCCCAGCUACCGACCUACAACCGCCUUCACCUCCCUGACCACCGGCUACUCGGGCUCCCAGGGAUCCUCCCUGCCCGUGGACACCAUGGAUGUUUUCGGAGACAUCCCCUCUCCGAGGAGGGCUGGCGAGGAGAUUCUCCAACCAGAGCCGACAUCCACCACAGUAGCCGCCACGGGAAAACGUCCAUCUCCGUCCGGGGACGCUGCUGCACCUGAGAGGCUCGAAGCUCUGAAAUACCAGCGGAUAAAGAAGCCCAAAAAGUCAUCCAAGGGCUCCUCGAAAUCCAGAAAACAAUCCAAUGGCUCUGCCUCCCAGGUUCAGCACCUUCCCAACUCUCAGGUACUGUCGCCCGACGAAGCUGUCUGCCUCCGCAAGAAGAAGAGACAUCCUCGUCAAGACCCCUUCGCCCGCCUCUCGGCGCUGAAGGAUGACCUCUGCCACCGGCAGCUUCCCGAAGACCAGACAGCCAUUCUCAACAACGUGGACCACGAUGACACCAGCGGGCACGCCACGUUGCUUUAGCCUGAGAAGGUUAAACAGGAGGGGGUGGAGGGAGCCGGAGGCCACGGGAGACAGGGGAGACAACCCUACGCUGCCGCCUCCGCUGGGGGGUUCGACGGCUCGUGGUGGGGAUGAGCUUGGGGGGGACCUUGGGGCAGGUUGGGGAGGGUGCUUGGAGCUGGUGGGCGCUCCUCAGAUCCGCUUCUCCCCCCACCCUGGGUGGCUUCGGUGGGGUGGGAAUUGGGGGGAGCGUUGCACCUUGAUUUGGGGAAAGAUCUCUAGGCUUAAAAGGCGUAGACCGAGCUUUUGACAUCUGCUCCUGCAGCGCGUUUAGGGAGAAAGUGAGGAAUUGAGCAGCUGGCCCUUAAUCGCCAGAAGAAAUUAAAUGACACAGGGUGUAAUUAAUUGACAAGAAACUAACAACCCAGACGGGAACUGGUAAUCCCACGAAUCUGAUUAUGAUAAAAAGACUACCAAAUAAUCCCAGGAAAGCUGUAAUUGUGAAAAAUAUCCCUGCCUUCCCCUUCCCAGCCUCCUUUUAUUUGAAGAUAACAGCAACAAAACCAUCCGUGACAUCUUUCCUUCCCUAUCUUUGAAAGGGAAAAUCAGAAAGACCCCAAGCCUUCGAGUUGGUCCGAGAUGUGAGAAAGCAGCAUUUGUCUGUGCAAAUGCAUUUGAACCUCAUACUCUGCACUGUGCGAGCACGCAUGUAUGGGACUGUUUUCAUCCAAGGGUGGUUUCCCCCAAAGUAUGAUACGCGUCAGCUCAGAUGAGGGUGGUUUUGAUUAAUUCUUCCUGACAUUCCGUAUAUCGCUGACAAAUGUUCUUCAAUGCCGUGUAGUAACGUGAUUUCUUACUGUGGUAGUGUUUGUAAUCUUUAUUUAUCACUGCAAAAUGGGGAGACGCUGCCACAGGCGUGUGAGCGAAGGGGGUUUGGCUACGUGGUCCCAAAAGCUUCUGUCGGCAGAUGCUGAGCCCAGGGGAGAGCGUGGCUGGAAAACCCCCAGCUCUGCGGAUGGAGAUGGAUGGCUUCUCGGAGCGACCACGCAAAGCUAAGCCUGAUGUUUCACGUCAACUUAAAACACGUUGCUGCUGGUUUCACUGUUUUUCCCCUUCUUUCUCCUGCUCCAGCCCGGCUGUGUAGGCUGUGACACCUGCUGGGGUUGCGUCCCUCCCUUUGUCCCGUCCGAGGAGACCUACUGUUCCCCUCUCAGUUAUGCUGUUCUAACUCUUCACCAGAAUGUAUUUCCUCUUCAAAAUACUUAGGGUAGGUUUGGCGGCCGGUGGUUUUCUGGAUUGCAUAGGCCUUUUUUUGUUGUUUGGUUUGGUUUUUUUUCAGCAGGAAAGGUGUAGCCCCUUCCGAGAACAGCCGGGCUCGCUUUCCUGCUCUGCCUCCCCUCUCUGACUGCGUGGCCUUGGGCAAGUCACUCAACCUCUCUGUGCCUCAGUUCUCCCAUCUGUAAAAUGGGGAUAAGUCAUAUUUGAGCACUUUGGACAAGCGCUUGGUCGCCUCCAGACAACAAGUGCUCCGUAAAUGCUGAGUGCUAAUACCAAGUGAUCCCUACCUUUAAAAUAUUUAGAGAUGCUUCUUAGUUUUGAAGUGGUAAAAUCAACCGCUGCAUCCAGGUUUGCACACUUCUUCCUCUGUGAUAAAGUGCUAAACCCUCCAGCCUGCCUGGGAAUAAAAUACCGAGUGCUUCAGGUGGAUAUUCUUGCUUUGAGUGGAUCCAGAAGCAUCAGAAGAAUCGAAGAGCCUGUCGGCAUGGGGUUAUUUUGCCCCCAGGCUCUGCAUUUGCAUAUAAAACUUGUUUAUUCCCAGGUAGAAUUGCCAAGAGAUUCUCCACGAUCUCGCCUUUAAUUCUGUUUUGCCUUGGUUGUUGCUCUUUGCUGCUGGUUGAACCUCGAAGGGCUUCGAUGUUUGGAGAAAGAUAUGAGCUCGCAGCUGAGUGGUUGGGAUACAACGUUCCGACCAUGCCACGCUCCCCAGGUUGGAGGCUGUUUUAUCGCUCUGCCUGGAAAUGUCUGGGUUUAGAGAUUGUGCUUCCUUUUCCAGCAGGAUGCUCAGAAACCUGCAACCAUGAAAAGCAGAGCCCUGCGUCUUUGCCAGUCUCGAAGCCCUGACUUAGGUUUGAACCACUUGACAAUGAAUCCUCUCAAUCGAUAACAAGAUAUUUCCGAGCUUUAAUGACUUCGUAUAGGUGAUCUCCAAACCGUGAGCAGGUUUGUCUUGAGAAGGAGAGAGGUGUUAUCUAAAUGCCUUUCUCUUUCCACACUGCUCCAGGGCUUUUUAUUGAGCACAUGACGAGUGAUCUGAUGUAAGACCCUCACCUAUCAGAGUGAGAAUUCAACCUCGCUAACAGUAUGACUGCGGAUUUCUUUUAUUUGAGUGUGUUUUAGGGUUUUCCCUAGAAUCCACUCGGAUCUGAAUUGAUUUAAUGCCAUUCGCCCGCUCGGCAGCGGGGAAAACUCUGCCUGGCCAACUUCAGCUCGCCAGUAACUUCAGCAGCGCGGCGAGCCGGCGUGGUUUGGCGAGCUGGUGUGGUACGGUGAGCCAGCGUGGUUCGGCGAGCCGAUGUGGUACGGUGAGCCAGCAUGCCAGCAGCAGCAAAUCUCGCUGCACGGAGGCAAGCUGGGCUGCUCCCGACAGACAGGUGACAAUUUGGGGCCGGGGGACGUCCUGGCUGGGGGGGAGGCUUUGUGCUGGCCGUGCCGUGGCUUGACUUGCUCUUCCUUUCGCUCUUGUUGCCUCGACCUAUCUAACAGGAGGUUGUUUUUUUUCAUUUGAGUGCUUUCCAAACUAUUUACGAUGCCCUUUUGUAUGGGCAAGAAGGUGUCUUCAGGCUCUUGAGGUUGCUACCUUGGGACUGUCCCCCCGUCCCAUCUUAAGGAGCUCUAGAGGACUUGGAGCGCAGGGAAGGUUGACGGAGCGCGCUGGCUUGCUGGGGUCAGUCUUUUGAGAGUUGUUUUCCUUUUGCAGGUGUUUUGAGCCGCUGGCCCCCCUGCUUUUCAUGGUCUUCAACCUUUAGAGGCUGGAGCUGCAGCCCUCUCUCUUUCAGCCGUGCUGCUGGAGUGGGAAAUCCCGCCCGGGCGCCUCGUGGAAGCAGCUCUUCCCUAAAAACCAUCCUUAACUCCUUUCCCCACUAGACCGCGUUACCUUCUGAUAGACUCAGGCCGUGCUUUGGCAGACGGGCUCGCCUCUCGCUUUGGCAACCUCCUCGCUUCUCCCAGCCCUUUGGUUUCCAUGCCCUUCAGGGUGUCGCUCUUCUCUCCUUCCGCGGACCUGGACAUCGAAGCUGUGUCAGACGAUGCCAAACGCUUCCCCCAUUUCAUCCCUGUUUGAACUCCGUUUCGCUUUGGUGGUUUGCAAACACAACUGCUGCUGCUUCAUUUUUAUUUUUUUUCCUCCUUCAUGCUGCAAAAUAUAUCUUGAUUUUUAUCUUCCUGGGCCAAACUCUCUUAUUUUGUAUCCUUGUUUGAGGUAGGCGGCUCUUGCUUUAUCAGUAAGCCUAUGAUUCCUUCUUGCACGUUGCGAAUGUGAUGUUUCAUUAAGUCCCUUGGAAAAUCCUGGGCCACAGUGGAAAAAAUACCUCUGGAUAGCAAGAAUAUUUGUACCUGGGCUCCGCUGAGGUGUCAGUGAAGGGGGCACCAACCCAGCUUUGGGUGGCUCCUGCUGGGACCUCUGCCUGCGAGGUGGUUGAGGAUGCUCCAGCACCGUUUUCGUGCCCCUGCAGGGGUUGCAGGAUUCCACCUCAACAUGAAUUACAAAUUCUUUACUGAGAGGGUGAUGGAGCACUGGAAUAGGCUGCCUGGGGAGGGUGUGGACUCUCCUUCUCCGGAGAGAUUCAAACUCACCUGGGGUUUGCACAUGUUCCUGUGCAACCUGCUGGAGGUGACCCUGCUUGAGCAGAAGGGUUGGACUGGAUAAGCUCCAGAGGGUCCUUCCAACCCCAACCAUGCUGUGAGUCUGUGAUUCAGCUGCACUGUGCUGGGGGAGGUAAUGCGGAGAGGUAGGUACAGGCGCGUUGCUGAGAUCCCUCAGAAAGAGGGUGUGGUUGUGGGGUGCCACCCCUCUCCCGCUAUCCAUCAAACCUGUGCCGUCCCGUUGCAGGCAGGAGGUGGGGCAGAGUGAGUGCUUUGCUUGAUUUUCCAGCAGGAGCUGCUGAGCAAUCAAGGCCACGUGUUUUUAAGGUGACUUUGUCGUGCAAACCCACAGAAGUUUGGUUUCGCAGUGUUGACGUGAAUGAAAAUGCAAGUUAGUAAGUGGGAAGAGAGGGAGCAUUUAGGGCUCGCUGAUGGGGUCCUGAUUCUGUGCCUGCUGUUAACUCCAUCCACAGGCACUUGGAGUGAUGUGGUUUUAGGAUGGGGGAGCUGGAUGGUCCUGGAGUCUCUUCCCAGGCUCUGUAUCGUGAAUCUGGGCUGGAGCCCUUGGUGGCAGGCACUGGCAUCCCCGGAUGAUGGUUUUCCUAGGGUAGGAUGCUCGCUGGUGCUGCCGUGUGUCUAUUACUCGUGACUCGGAGGCUGGUUUUGAUCGUUGGUGGGCUCCAAUGUCUUGAUCCUGAGUGCUGUCAAUUGGAUCAGUGCCCUCCGCUCUGGGGGAAGGCUGGAAGUGACGGUGUUUGGUUAUAUCAAUCUAAAGGGAAUAGCAUCUUUGCUGUACCUACCUCCCGGGGUGCUGAGGUCUCAGGGUUUGUGCUCAGCAGCCCAGGGCUUAGUCACGUCUCGUGGCAUCUGGGCAUGACCCAUACAGUUUAGACUUAUCGCUGCUCACAUCUUGCAGUUUACAUUAGGACAAAAUCUGCCUGCUGUUUUGGUGUCUCCUCCUGCUUCAGGCAGUGAUGUAGAGUCGGGAUUUCCAAGUUUGGGGUUGGUUUCAGCUGCAGUUCUUGGCUGUGGAUAUUUCUCGGUGAGGCUGGACGGGCUGCUGGAUGCUUGAUUUCCACUUAUUCCUCAUGGGCUCACUGCAGCCCUGGGCUGGCGGAGUGGAUGCUUUUUGGGGAAGGAGAUCUUCUCAAGGAACCGGAAUAAAACGCACUGUAUAUAUGAGAUGUAUAAAUACAUAGAGAAGCGUAGGACAAGGAUAGAUAAGUAUGCAGAAGUCAGUAGAUUUGCAUGUCGGGGUAUGUUUGUCUCUAGGGGAGCGUGUUUAGAGCCGUGGUCGAGGGGGAGGGAUUGGGAUGGGUAAAGCCAGGCAGGGGCUGGGAGCAGCCAAAGCCUGGAGGGAAUUUGGGAAGGGACGGGCACAGUUGCCUUAUGGCACGCGUGACCUGCGCUGCAUCCCUGCUGCACUCAACCAGAUCACAUUGUUUUAUUGUUCCUCCCAUUUGUUUUAUUUUUUUUUUGCUUUGUUCAUUGUAUGUGACUCACCCCGGGCUGUGAUGCUGAGAAGUAGGGGUGACAGGUCCUUUCCUCUGUGCGUCCACACACGUGGGGCAUGACAUGAGAAAGAGACGUCACGUUGCCUCGUUGCUGGGGCAGUCAUUUAAAGGAAAAACAUCACCACGCAGAAACCCUUCCCUGAAGUCCCUCUAGAUGCUGCUCUCCGGUUACUCAUGUGAAAGCUUUUUGCUUUGCAUCUGUUCUUUGCAGAAAAGCAUGAGUCAGAAGGGAUGAGAGGGAUCUAAAUCUGUCCUUUGGGCUGAGGAACACGGCGCCGGCCGUGCCAGCCGGUCACAGCGGCGGCUCCUCAGCAGGACGAGAUGUUCUGCACAGUGUCUUAUUUUCUUUUUAAAGCCUCGUUAGCAGCACUUCUCAGGAUCUGAAGCAUAGAGGGUUUUUGUUCAUCAGCGAUGCCAGAGCUGGGACUGACAAAGUGUCGGAUGACUCUAGGUGUGGAGGUGGCCAAAUUCAGGCUGGAUGCCCAGCUCCCAUCCCCGUACUGUCUGGGUAACUUAAAGAAAACAGGAUGCGAACUCCCACUUUCCCCCUUCAGCUUAGGGUUGAGUUUUUCCCCCUCUUGCUGAGUAUCUUUACUCCUCUCUCUCUGUGUUUCCUGUUGAGGAAAGGCUGGGAAGUGCAAUUUGUUCCUAUUAGAGGUGACUGUUGAAAUCUGCCGGGGGAAGCACAUGAGCCAAAUCCCGGAGGCUGAGGAAGCAGCGAUCACACCUCUCAUUUGGCAACGCCAAGAAACUUAGCAUUGAACUUAAUUUCCAUCAGCCUGUGCUUAAUUCCCAUCGGCGUGAUGAGGACCAGCGCGGAGCUGCUGGUUUCUGGGAAGGGGAUGGAGGUGGGAGCCUGUUACCCUCCCUGGGUGACUGGGGGCUGCCUGGUGCUGUGUUUUCCCAUUUUCCCUGCUUUUAUGUGUUUUGGCCCAACAGGCUUGUGCUGUCUAAGCUGGCCGUUCCCCAUCAUUUGUCGUAGGUGUCUUGCCCAGUGCUUCUGGAUGCCCUCAGGACACGUGUCGCCGAGCAUCCCCAAUCCCCAGGGCUCUGGCUUAUCUUUUGAUACGUGCAUGGGUGGACGAUGGACCGUAUGUGGGGGUGGGGGGCAAGAGAAAUGGGGGCAGGUGGGCUAUUCCAGGCAGAGGGGGGGUUGGAUAUCGAAAGCAUGCGCUGUAGGGGUAGCUUAAGGAUUUUUAUACUGGUUGGGGUGGGACACGCGGUGUGGAGGGGUUGGCAUCCCUCAGGAGGAGAGUUUGCCCAGCGUUUUGCUUUUUAGCAUCAAAAUGACAAUUUCUCUCCCAGGGAAGCUUUUAUUCUUGUUCUCCUGAGGUUACAGGGGAGCAAGAGGGCUGCAAAGUGGGGGUGCCAAUCUUCCCAGCGCAAGGCAGUCCUGUGGUCUGAAAGCUCCUCUGAUAUCCACCCACUCCCCCCCCCCCAGCACUUAUAUUAGAAAGAAAAAAUAAAGACUUGAGAACAGAGCCCCAGUAUCUCUCUCUAAUGAAAUGAUAUUGGUGUAUCAAAACUGCAUUGUAUAUAAAAUUAAACAAAUAUAUAUUUACUUUCUAUUUUAGAAGGGGGGGGAGAAUAAAUAUUUAAAAUAAUUCCUUAGUAAUAGGUGUCAGAAACUUCUGUGCAGCAUGAGAGAGGCUGUCAGAGGUGGGGAGAGUCUGAACAGCAGGAGCAGAGCGAGUAUUUUUACAUUAUAUUGCGCUUUGGCUUCUCUGCUUCUCCAUCCACCUAUAAAUAGACAAAAAAAUAUAUAUACAAAUAUAUAUAUAUAAAAAUUAUAUAUAUCUAAGUCACAUAGCUGUUUUAUUUUUGUAUCCAUGCCUAGUGCUGUUUGAGCAAUACGGUGGCGAGGGAGAGGAGGGCUGGGCAAGGCUGGGGGGCUCUCGGGGCUCCAAGGGGUUCCGCUGGCUCCGGUUGCCAUCUCGCUGCCGGCUCGGCAUCGCUGCUGUUUGCUGUCGCGUUGCUGUUUCAAUAAGGAAAACACUGGAAAAGGGAAGAAGCCCAGGGAUGGAGGGGAGAGGCAGGGUGCCCCGUUUGCUGCAAGCAUGCCCGGUGCCGUGGCGAGGUGGUGGCGUUUCCACCAAGGGCUGCGUCUUGCUUGGGAUGUUCCAGAGAAACGAGAGGAAUUUCAGCUCCAGGGAUGCUAUUUUUCAGUGGGAAGGAUGAGGCCGGUUGCAACCCGGGUUGAACAGGAUGGGGCGAUGCUGUGGGGAUGAGCUCUCCACGCCGCUGCCUCGCUGGGUGCUGUUGGCCACCUGUCCUCACUGCCUUCGUAAAUCCUUAGGGUUUAUGGAACCCACAUAGGGUUUACGGAACCUUCGUAUGGUUUGUGGAACCCUCAUGUGGUUUAUGGAGCCUUCAGAGCCACCUGGGUGGCCACGGUGGGGUCCCUGUGCCCCUCCGGAGCAGGGCAUCCUCUCCAUAGGCUCGUUGAUACCUCUACAAGGAAGAAAGGAUCUCGGACCAUCAGGAUUGUCCUGGUGUGAUGGAAGCUGCUGAUCUCAUCUGGGUGCUGGAGCGGGAUGCAGGGCUCUCUCGGUCCCAGUGGGUGAAUCGGCAUCGAGCCCUGGCUCCGUAGGGAAUGCGCUGGGGAUGCUCGAGCUUUCCUGCAAAGCCACACAGACCCGCCGUGUCCCUUUUUCCCCACGUGCUUGCAGGCGGCGAGGGAGAGAAGAGCCAGUUUGGAGGUUGAGUGAUCCUGGGGAGCAUCCGAGCCAUCCAUCCCCUCUGCCUUAGGGCAGGAUUGGGGGAACGAUUGCUUUUGGAUGAUGCUGUGCUGCUCCCACAGCCUUUGGCUCUGUAGGGAAUCUGCUGGAUUUGGGCUGCGAUGGCCCUGCAGCGAGGCAGGGGAUGGUGGCACAGCCCCCGGGUGCUCCCAUCCCUCCCGAGCCGGGCAGAGGUCCCUCGCUGUUGUCACGCCGUGUCCCUGACGGGCUGUGACACGAAUGUAAAGCUUGGGAGCCGACCCCUCGCAGCGGCACCGUGUCCUCCGUAGGUGUCACCUGUAUUUUCCAUGAUAUUUCUGUCUUCUUUGUCUGGAAGGGGGUGGGCUGGGAGGGUGGGGGGUGUUUCUAAUAUCAAGCCAAGAUUUGUUCAGCACCAAUUCUUGCUAUCGAAGCAAAGCAUGUUUGAUGGGACUAACUUGCAUUUAUUAGCGGUAAAUACAUAAGUGAGUAUUUUAUAUGUUAAAAGGAAAAAAAAAAAAAGGAUGUGAGGAGAAAGAGAAGGGAUGAGAUUUCUUGCCGGUUGGUGUCUGGGCGGGGGAGGCUGUGUUGUCCCCCUGCCGCAGCCGGUGGGGCUUUGGGGUAUUUAUUGCUGGGGGUGGGCUGGGGGGUGGGCAGCUUUCUCCUUUCCCCAUCUUCCCUGGAAUCACUUACAGAAAAAAAACAGGAAUAAAAAAAAAAAAAAGAGAUAUGUUUACAAAGCACACUUUCCGCAGUACCGUUAACCCUCUGGAUGCCAAACAGACACAUCAAGAGCAGCUCCUCUCCUCCCCGGGCACCGUGGGAUGAAGGGGUGGCUGCACCGACAGCAUCGUUCUGCGUCCCUUGGUUGUGUUGAUUAUUUUGUUUUACUACACACAAUCCCGCUUGCUCCAUCCGCCGCAGCUGCGUGCACAUCUGGCAGGAGCUUGCUUUUUUUGGGGGGUAUUUGCUUCCUGCCCCAUCCCAGGCUCUUCCUGCUCAGCUGUUGGGAUUGGUGGGGAGAGCCGUGAGGCAAGGCACCCGUCUCCACUUAGGGAGGUUUUGGCUCCAUGGGAGAUGCCAGCACCUGCUCCUUGCCCUCCCUUGUGCACUUUAAGGCCAAACUUCUCUUUCCUCCCUCCAUGGGGCUGGCAGAGAGCAGGCAAGGGAUGCUCCCGCAGCCGUGGUGGGAGUGGAUGCCAGACCUUCUGUACAGCUGUGAGGGCUCCCUUUGCGUUUCCCUUGUGGGAAAGCCCAAUAGAAAUCCUCCUGGAAACACCGACGUUGCCAUAGGUUUCUGGAGCCAUCCUUUGGGCAUUCGGAGAUCACACCUGUGCACCAGCUCCCCGGAGAGCAUCCCUGCUUCCUCUUGGGGAAGCAUCCUUGGAUCCCCUAGGGGAACAUCCCUAGCUCUCCCAGGGAGCCCAGACUUUUUAAUCCCCUUUAAUAGGUUUGUAGAGUCUCUGAACCCUCGUAGACGUCCGUAGGUAGCUCUUAAUUUAAUUCCCUCCUAACUCCAUAGUGUUUUCCCCUAAGGUAGGAAUUUCUUCCGGACCCAACAGGUCUCUUGUUGCGUGGGACAACUUCUUCCUCUUUGUAAGAAGAAUUUCUUGCCUCUGGAUAUAAAGACUAGACCAUCCAACCUCGUUUCUAUUUCUUGAAUGUGGAGUAUUACGAUGUAUAACACAA